AUGAAUCCUUCAAUACCACCCUCGACCACUGAAUACGGCGGAGAUGAGGUGUCGGCCAUCGUGUUAGACCCGGGAUACUCGACGACGCGUGCUGGCUUCGCGGGCGAAGAUACUCCCAAGUCCGUCGUUCCGACAUACUAUGGAAAAUAUUCUACGGACACGGAGAAGUACAUCUUUGGCGACGAUAUCUUCGUCACUCCUAGACCGGGGCUCUCGAUCCAUAAUCCGAUAGGUCGAGAUGGAGUGGUCGAAGAUUGGGAAAUGGCAGAAAAAUUGUGGGAAUACUCGUUUAAAUCAAGACUGAUAGGGGCAAAGCCACAAAAUCCGUUGCUGAACGGGCUGAAUGAAGUACCAGAGGGCGAAUUGCCCACGGAGAUGGAAGGGGUCGAGACAGAAGAGAAACCUCUCGCGGAUAGUCCUCUUCUUAUGUCGGAAUGUGGUUGGAAUCCUACAAAAGCGCGCGAAAAGACUAUUGAAAUCGCGAUGGAGAGUUGGGGAACGCCGGCCUUUUAUCUUGCAAAGAACGGGGUCCUAGCAGCUUUUGCGGCCGGAAAGGCCUCUGCUCUGGUCGUCGAUGUUGGCGCCUCAAAUGUGUCUGUAACGCCUGUCCAUGAUGGCAUGGUAUUGAAGCGAGGUGUUCAACAUUCUCCUCUCGGUGGCGACUAUAUCUCCUCACAGAUCCGUGCCAUGUUCAAGAACAACUCCCCACAGCCGAUUACUAUUACCCCUCACUAUCUCGUCGCCUCGAAGACUCCCGUUGAGGCCGGUCAACCCCCUCAAGCAACGUACAAGACAUUUCCACCAGAUAAAGCGCCCGACGCGUCAUACCGUACGUUGCUCGAAGAGCGGACCUUGACGGAGUUCAAGGAGUGUGUUGUGCAAGUAUGGCCAGGUCCGAACAAACUCUCUUCCGUAGGUCCAAAUGGCGUGUCCAAUGAAGAGUUGGCCAAGAGCAGUCCUGGACGACCUUUUGAAUUCCCUGAUGGAUACAAUCAGGUGUUCGGGGUUGAUCGUUAUCGCGUGGUUGAAUCGCUGUUCGACGCAAAGGCAGCUAUUCCUGACCCGGGAUCCGACUUUGCAGCACCAACCCAGGCUCAGACGAUUCCGGAGCUCAUCAAGAGUGCCCUCAAUGGGGUGGAUGUUGAUAUCCGGCCGCAUCUGUUGGCCAAUGUUGUUGUCACCGGUGCAUCCAGCCUCCUUUAUGGUUUCAACGAUCGUCUGAGCCAGGAGCUGAUGCAGAGCUUCCCGAGCCCAAGGGUGCGAAUAUCUGCUCCAGGAAACACCGCCGAGAGAAGGUUUGGCUCCUGGAUUGGAGGAAGCAUCUUGGCGAGCUUGGGUGCGUUCCACCAGAUGUGGAUAUCGAAGAAGGAGUACGAUGAACACGGUGCCAACAUCGUGGAGAAGCGGUGCAAAUGA